AUGGCCAACCAAUGCUCCGGUCACAAGUUUGCCAUUGUGCAAGCUACCAAUGGCAACAUUCUGACCUGGCGAUGCUCAGAUUGCAACUCGGGUCCAUUUGUCGCCAUCUGGCGAUGCAAGAUCUGUGGUCACUGUCGCUGUAACAGCUGCCAUAACACCAAGUCUUAG